AUGGAAGGACGUGGUAGAAAGUUGAUCAAUUUAGUAAUGGAUAGACACGAACCAUCAUCUAUUGACACAAUGACGUAUUUAAAUAAUGUCAAUAUUGUUGGUGUUGCUGAUCAGAGUGGGAAUGCCAAUAGAAAUGAACAAGUUGAGAGUAUUUAUUCUGACUUGCCAAGUUUGCGAAACUCUCCGUAUCACAAUGAAGAUAUUUCAAGCAUUUUUAAUAACGUCGCAGAGUAUGACACAAGUAAACACGAAUCAGAAACCUUCGAAUUCCAACCUGUUCGUGAUCUUAAGAAAUCUACAUCAACUUUAUCCUCAUCUAGCUCUGAUUCUGAAGACUCGACUGCAAGUAAGUCGAUUUUGACACAAGGAAACGUUUCCACAUUAGAACAAGACAACUAUGUCGUUCCUCUUGUGUCUGAAUUCCAGCUCCAUUUACCAGCCAAUAAUAACUCGCAACCAGAAAUAUCUGAAUUAGUUUUACCAAAAUCCAUCGAAAAUAGUGCAAAUGUAGAUAGCAAAUAUUUAAAAUCAGACUGUGAAGAUUUUUCACCCGAUGACAGUGGUGAUGAACAUCGGCCAUCAAAACGCACUCGCAAAAUGUCUUCAUCUAGUUUAAGCAGUUCAUUUUCAUCGUCAUCAAGCUCAUCAUCAAGCAGUCGAGCUGAAAAAAAGAAUGACAUUGAGACUUGUAAAAUGGCGGAAAGCAAUAGCAUUGUAGCUAUAUUUGAUUUACAAGCUGUGAUGCCUGUACCGAUUGGAGAAUCAUCAGCUUUCUUUUAUAAGUCUAAAUUAAAUUGUCUGAAUUUAACUAUCACUGAUAUAAAAAACAAGGAGACGAUUUGUUACUUCUGGCAUGAGGCUUUAGGAGGUCGGGGUGCAGUUGAGAUCGGUUCCUGUGUCUACAAAUUCCUGCAAAAAGUAUCUGAUAAAUAUCCUAAUUCUGACGUUACGUUUUAUACCGACAACUGCUGUGGACAGCAGAAGAACAGGUGA